UAAGGAUUUGAAAGCGUGGAAAAGAUACUAUGGAAGUGCUAUGAAAAUUUUUUUUAAGCUUAAGGCAAAUAAAACCAAUAGUCUUUAACAGACAGUAUCUUUUUAUAUUUUAAUAGUUUUAGAGCUCUGUAGGUGCAGUGUGGGUCUCAGCUAAUAUCACGUUAUCUAAUCCUACCUUCUUACAGUUUACUGCAAGAUUUGAUGUUGUUCAGUGUAAAGAAUCUACCUCAGGACCCUCCUGUUGUAAAGACUUCUCUUCAGUAUUGCACUGUCAGGUUUUUAAACCUGGAUAAUUGGCUUUGGAGGGGAGACUUAAAGCGAGCAUGUGAAAGCUAUUGUCAUACCCGAAACAAAACAUGUUGUCUGAAGUGUCUUUUCCAUGAUGUUAAUGUGGCUGUAAUAUUUUCUAGUCAAACUAAUCUGAAGAGUCCUCAAGACAUUCAGGUCUACGUUGUAAAUACAAACUUCACUCUAAGGUGGAACUAUACUGAGGAUGAUACCCACGUGAUGUUUUCAGCUCAGUACCGCUGGUUUGAAGACUUUGAGACAAAUGAAAGAGAAUGGGAAGAAUUGCCUGGGUGUCAAAAUGUCACUUGCACUGAAUGUGACUUUUCCUCAGCAAUAACUGAAUAUUAUGUUAAACAUCAUGUGCGUCUAAGGGCUGAAACAAGGGAAGACAAAUCUCCAUGGUCUAGUGUUUUUGAAAUGAUUCCAUAUUAUAUAGCUAAGAUUGGUCCCCCAGAAGUAGAGUUGCAGUCCACAAAUGGAGUAAUAAAAAUUAAGGUUUCUCCUCCAGAAGCAAAUCGGGUCCAAAAAAUGUGGAUAGAUGAUCUGAGUUUUAAAUACAACUUAGUUAUCUGGGAAAACUCAUCAAAUGCCGAGUUCAGAAGAAGUAUAUUUCCUACUGACACAAUUAAUGAUCUUGCACCAGAGACUACCUACUGUUUAAAAGUUCAAGCAACUCGUCCUUUGGAUUCUCAGGAAGGCUUAUUCAGUCCCACUCAUUGCAUAAAAACUACCCGUAAAGCAAAAGACCUACUUUGUCCAACAAAUGUGAGUGUUCUUGCUUUGAACAUGGUAUUUCAUCUUCAUUGGAACAGUCAGUACAAUCAACGCGUGAGCUAUACUGUACAGUAUCUCCUGGGGUAUUUAAAGACACUUCAUGGUGAUUACUCAGCAAAGUGGCACCAUGUACCUGGAUGUGAAAACGUCACUGAUACAAAAUGCAACUUCACAUCUAUCAUCACUACUACUUUUGGAUUUUAUUAUCUCCGUGUACAGGCAAUGAAUGAAUAUAAUAGAUCAUGCUUGUCUAAUGAAGUAAAAGUAGAUCCUCUGAUAACAAAUGAAAUUGGCCCUCCCGUUGUAAAGGUGGACGUCAGUGAUGUUUUGCUCCAUAUUCAGAUUUCUCCUCCGGGAGGAUCUGAGAAUAAGGCCCUGAGGGACCAUUAUGACUUAUCUUACCGGGUUCUGUACUGGAAGAAUUCAUCAAAUAAUGAGGAGGAAAUGAAAAUAAAAGUGAUAAAACAGACGAUAGGGACAGUUUCUGAUCUAACACCCUUGACGUUGUACUGUGUAAAAGUACAAGCAUUCUCAGAAGCUUACAACAAAAGCAGUCAUUUCAGCAAAGAUGAAUGCAUCAGAACGCCUGGAGAUAAAAGGUUACCUCUGAUCAUUUUAGCAACAUUCGUAAGUGCCCUGAUCGCUGUCUUGGUUGUGGCAGCACUGAUCAUUUUUGUCCUGUAUCAAGCAUAUAAUCAGAUCAAGUAUGUGUUCUUUCCAUCAUGCCAUCUUCCCUCAAACAUAGAGGAUCUUGGAGGCCAGCCUUUCAGCAGUCUAUACCUGAUAACUACCGAAGAGCGAACAGAAAACUUUUAUAUCAUCACAGAAGAAACAAAUCAAAUUGACUUUAAAGACUACAAAUAUUCUAAACAGAGCAGUCGAGAUUCAGGAAAUUAUUCUAAUGAUGAUGAUACUUCAGGGAGCAAGGUGUCAGAAGAAGUGCUAGAAAAGGAAAUAGUAUAACUUAAGAAAAUAAAACUCAAAUAGGCAUAAUAAGCACUUAAACUGUUUUAUUAUGAAAGUCUCAGCCUAGUCAAGACAGGAUGACUUUGGGUUCUGGGUGCUGAAGCUCCCAAACCUGACAUUUGCUAGUGGAAAGUUACAUUCCAUCUCUGCUGCAAGUGGACUCAAGUCAAAAGGCAACUGACUUCUAGUACCUUAUACCAUUUUGACUGAAUUUUCUGCUUGUGAUAAAAAGAUUGCCAUCUGAACAAAGAGGAGUAGAUCUGUACGCUUCAUGAACUUGAUAACAUCAGUGAAAGUCUGUUGAUGUUCCACAAAAAGAGUCUCUCACUAUGUAGGAGGUUUGUUUUUCAAUGCCAGUGUGUACUGUGACAGAAGCCUUAAAAUCCAGUGUUGAAUCUUUGUGUAUUUACAUAGGCAGGAGGAAAUUGAUGCUUGAUAACAAUUUUAAGAACUCUUCUGACAUCCUUUCCCAGCCCUCUCAGGGCAGUGUUUUUUGGUUCGGCAGGUCCAGAGCAAAGGAUGCAAGGACAGCUACAGCCUCAGUGAGGUGGCUCCUCCGAGCAUUCUUGUAGAAUCCUCCUUGUGGCCGUUGCUGUGGGAUGCUCCUAGUGCCUGCUAUCCUGUUCCUGUAGCUGUGUCCCUGCAUUAGGGUGCUCUUCCGCAACGCUCAGUGAUCUGGGCGGGUAUGGCAGUAGGGGGCAGGGGAAGGAGGUUCACUCUGCUGAACUGUUAAGAAAAGUUUAACAGCAGAAGCUCUUUGUAAAGAGAAGUUUACUCAAAUUGUUUUGCACCACAUGUGGGACAACAAACAAGGUAUGUCCAAGCCAGAUGCACUUUGCAAGAAGAAAGUACGUAUUAGUUUAAUGAUAAGGCAUGUUAAGAGGCAUAUUCUUGAUUUUAUUUCUUUUUUGCUUUGUGGCUAGAUACCCAGAAGUAUAAAAUACUUCUAAAUGAGUUGUAUUUAGAAAUGUGAAUCUCUCUCUUAACACAGAAGAAAUUAUUUCUGUAAUUGAAAGAAGGACCCAAGUUGCAUUAAGAAAAUGUCUUUUAACAGAAGGGUGAGGACAUCUGUCAUUCAAAACUUUCUCAACUUGGUCUCAUUUUGCCAACAGACUUUUCUUUACACAAAAUACAAGGAUAUGCUGCAGUGACUUUCUUCAAUUUGCAUAUCACUUUUUAAUUCUGUUUUUAAAAGUGGAUUAUUUUUUAUGAAGAAAUUUAUUUAGAGUAAGCUGGAUUUUGUAAGCUUCAUGUAGCUUUUUUUAUUGUAACAAGCAACUGCUAAUUUUUGUUGAUGUUUAAAUAUUUUUUUAAUUUCAAAGACAUGAUAAAAUUUUAUAAAUUUAAUGUCCUUGUGUUCAUUGGAGAACAUAAUAAAUUUUGCACAUUUGCUUCUUUAUCCUUUUCUUGAUGCCAUAUUUUUUGGAAUAUAUUGUAUAGUGACACUGAAGCUAUAUUACAGAUAUCUAGGAAGUCUCCAUGUGUCUUCAGUUAUAGUGCUUUCCAGGAAGGACAAUGUGAAGAAUAUUGCAUAUAAACUUAAUUAGGGUUUACAUAGGAUUGUUGCAUGACUUAGAAAUCAGAAAUAAGCGUUGAUUCAUACUCUGAACUAGGUCUUACAAUGAGAAUACUGAAUGUGAGCAUUCCAGUCAUUGUGGUCUUUGGUAAAUAGUUUGUGAAUUGUUGCAAGAUACCUAUGAAAGACAGUGUGAAGUCUACUGCAUUUUUGUGUUCUCUUCAAUAUAAUCCAUGUUCUCUGUUUCA